UCAUGCAGAGAGAAACUGAGAUGAGAUUGUUUGGAGUAGCGAACGAUCGCAAAAAGGAAGCAGUUCCAGUGGUGCGCUGAAAUCACACGUGUCACUGCAAGUGUGGAUGCGGGAACAAGUGAAAGUGUGCCCACUCUCGCUGACAGACAUACUUUCUCCUCUUCUCGGCUCUCCUUGUGCACCUCCGCCCUUUAUUCCGUGGAGUGGAAGUGCUUUAAUGCCCCUGCUCACCCGUGGAGGAGAACAAGGAGAGAAGAGUGGGGAAGAAGAAGAAGAAGAAGAGGAGGAACAAGAAGUAGUCGUCCCAAGGCCUGGCCAUCACUUUCCCUCGCCUUUUGGAGCUCUGUCCUCUCCCCCUUCCUUGCCCUGCAUGGACGGGGAUGGGGAGAGCCGGAUGCUGCUGCAGCGGGGCUGAGCGCCUCGCCACCCCGUCUCUGGUGCGCCGCCUCCGGCCACUGGUGCUGCUGAUCAUCGCUCUGAUCUCCGCUUCGCGCAUAGGUAAUUGCCAGGUGAUCAGCCCUCAGUGUCGCAUCCAGAAGUGCACCACCGACUUUGUGUCCUUGACCUCUCACCUCACACCGGCUGUGGAUGACUUUCACGUAGAAUUUUGCAAAGCUUUGCGGUCUUACAAGGCCUGCACGCAGAGGACGGCAAAGUCCUGCAGGGGCAACCUGGUUUUCCACUCGGCCGUGCUGGGCAUCUCGGACUUAAUGAGCCAGAGGAACUGCUCCCGAGACGGCCCCACUUCCUCGACGCAACCCGAGGUCUUCCACGAGCCGUGCAACUACUACAGUCGCAUUCAGCAUGCGCACACACACGCCCAUGCGCACGCGCACACUCACAGCCACACUCACGCAAGGCCCGGAUUCCUGUUCUGCGGGCUGUUCGGGGACCCCCACUUGAGGACAUUCAAGGACAGCUUCCAGACUUGCAAGGUGGAGGGGGCGUGGCCUCUCAUCGAUAAUGACUAUCUGUCGGUUCAGGUCACCAACGUUCCAGUGGUCAUGGGCUCCUCUGCCACAGCCACCAAUAAGAUCACGGUUAUCUUCAAGCCCUACGAGGGUUGCACCGACCAAAGGGUCUACCAGGCGGUCACAGACAACCUACCCGCCGCCUUCGACGAUGGUACGGUCAGCAGCGGAGACCCCAUCCACAUCUCCAUGGGGACCGACGGCGCCGCCGGGAAAGUGAGGGCCCUUUGGAUCUCAGAGCGCAGCCCGGGCCACCACAUUGAACUGCACGCGGGCUACAUCGGCGUCACGGUUAUCGUCCGACAGCUUGGUCGCUAUCUGACCCUGGCCGUUCGGAUCCCCGAAGAGCUGGCUCAGGCCUACGAUGCCACUCAGGACCUGCAGCUAUGUCUGAACGGCUGCCCCAGAGUGGAGCGCAUCGAUCAGAGCGGCCAUCUGCCUCUGUCGCCGCCUUCGGUGGGCCUUCAGCUCCAGCAUCUGCACAAGCCCAGAUACUCCUCACAGAUACAGUUAUACUCUCAAAGCGACAGGCAGGCGUUCACUGUGGAAGCUGCUAAGGAGCGCUGCCGGGAGCAGCUGGAGGUUCAGGACAUUUACUUCCACUCCUGUGUGUUUGACCUCCUUACCACAGGGGACGCUAACUUUACCGUGGCAGCAUACAGCGCCCAGAAAGACAUGGAGAGUCUUCAUCCGCACAGAGACAGAUGGAGGAUCUACCCCCGAGGUUCCGCCCCCUCCACCUUCUACUACCCCCAACCUUUGCAACUGCUCACUCUGCUUCUGCUUUGUACACUCAGCUUUGUGUAAAAGUGAUUGUCCUGCAUGUACAUGAAGUGCACCAGAGAGAGUUUUUGCCGGAGCACUGAUACUGGUUCCUCUCUUCACAGGAAGGAUUUACUUAAGCAGAUGUGACACGUGUCAUAGCGGUAUCACUUUUCAUCAUGUUUGGAUCGAAAGCCAAUGACAGUGACUUAAAUGUUGCUCUGUAGGCGAUAAGCGAUGCAUUACCCAAAAUGUAAAUAAUGUUUUGGUCUUUCUAGCACAGCGUAAUCGUGUAGUGUUUUUUUUUUGUUUGUUUUGUUGAUAUUUGGUGUGAUUUCUUUCCCCCGUACCUCAGAAAGAGGAUUUUUGUCUUCAUAGAAGCACUUUAUUUUUUUGCUCAUUCAAAUCCACAUCAGUGUUUCUUACUCACGCUAACGUUGGUAAAUUUUUAGGAAAAUACAUCAAUCUCAAACUAGCUAAUUGUACUCAGAAUAGUGCUUUAAGUAUUAUGUCAUUUGCUAUUUUUUGAAUGUACUAAAAACAUCUGUGUGGACAUGUUUUUCUUCUCCAGUCCCGAUUUCAACAUGUGUGCGUGUCAGUGUUUUUUGAUCCAACUGCCGACUUGCCUGGAUGUGUUUCUAAUUCCUUUGGGAGUCAUUUUAGAGGAUUCUGAUGUCAAGUGCAGUAAAGGGGCUUGUAUUUGUUGCUCAUUGUAAUCUUUGUUGGGUUGAUUUAAGCCAAAGACAAAUGGCCGUUUCUCUUUAUAGAUUAGAAGCAAUUCAAACCAGCACCCCACCCCCACCUGUUUUUUAAUAUGCUACUGUAAAUUAAUAAACUCUUUCUCUUGUUGGAUCUCGGUUAACCCAAGGACUGAAUAUUGGACUAAUCCCUGCAAACCAACAUUUCACCACCAUGUCCAUUUUUGGACAUUACAGCAGUUGUGGAAAAUGUUUGUUUUCUUUUUUAAUUAUCUGAUAAAUGUGUCAAGUCUGGACUAUGAGCCAUUCAGUCAUAUUGCAAUCGUGUUUGUGUUUAUCAUGUGUGAAUGUUUUGUGAGGCGAGGCUGACAUGCUUAACUUAUUUAAGAACUGUAGAUUCCUGUCUAGAUAGCUACAUUCACUUGCCCUGUGAAUAAUUUAAAAAAUGGAAGUUGUGGUUGUGCUGUCACCCAGUGGUGCUCUGUUGCUAUGUCAAUGUGUUAUUGGAGGCACUUAAAAACAUGGAGCAAAGAAA